AUAUAAAUACUUGGCGAUUGUUCAACCUAUUAUCUAUUUUUACUAAAGCUUUUGAGUCAGAAUAUGGAAGGAUUUAUAAUGAUUAUUUUGUUCUUUUCCCAGCAUGAAAACUCAGACCUUGAAAUGAAUGUUAGCAGUAAUAAGAUUGAUUACAAAACUAAGAUAUGUAUCAAUUGUGUCAUUAUUUUUAUGUUAUUGUUUUCUAAUAGUAGUUGUGAAGCUCUGGGGAACACUUAAUGGUCAGUAUGUUUUAGUGUUCCCAAACUAAGAUAGCACAUAAAUGUUGCAGAUGUAUUAAUAGUGAACUUCAAUAUACAGUUCCGUAGAGACCAAAGUCUUUAUCAAAGUACAUGCACUUGGUUUAUCAGCUUAUCCAUCAUCAUCUCUAACAAAAAGUUACUAUAACUUCUUUUUUUGUAGGAGGAAGUCUUAAAAGAAGUCUCCUGGCAGAAGGAUUACUUUGUCCUACCUGCUAGAAAACACUAACAACAAAACUAGGGCUCAUGGCACUGUUUAACCCUACUCAAGAUUGCCACAGCUGCCCAAUAUGCUGUGCAAUGUACAGUUUUGGCUGGUACAAGAAGAAGAGGACGACCACCUCGCACUGGAUAUUUAUCUUGUCAGAAAAAUCAGUGCCCUGUUUGCAAGAUGAAUUAUACAAACAAAAGCAUCUUGGAAAACCACAUGAACAUCCAUCGACCUCAACGCCAAAUGUAUUAUUGCGAUAUCUGUAACAAAGGAUUUUUUUGGAGAACAAAUGUGUAUUCGCAUAAAAAAAUGGUUCAUCACACUCCUCCAUUAAGGCCUUCAUUCCCUUCCACCAGUAGUGCACCAGCUUCACCAGUGUCUAACCCACCUGUCCGUUCCAUUUCCCACAUCGGUAAUCCUUUAGCACCUCAUAGAACUCAAACUUUCACUCCUCGUCUUCCCCCUGUUUCUGGACACAUGUCACAAAGUUCUGAGCUUCUAGGUAACUGUGCCAAACUUAGUCAACCCUGUGCUAGAACUAAUACAUCACCAUUACCAAUAUCAAGUGCUUCUCAACCUUGUAAUAACUUUGGACAUUCACUUAUCCAGCACGUUAAGAUCCCUGUGUCCUCAACCCUUGCAAAGAGUCAUUCUUCCACUGAUUUAACAUGUGCAUUGGGAUAUUCCAGUCUUUCUCAGUUCCCUCAACCCACUGAUAUAUGCUCUGGUCCUUGUCCUAGCAUGUCUCCCACCAUCCCUAGCUUAUCUUUGUCAUCAGCUUAUUCUCCUGUGCUACGUCCACCAGGGGGAACUGCUGUAUCUCCCGCAUUUUCAGGCCAGUCCCAGUCAGCAAAAUCUUCAUCUGAAUCUUCAGAAUAUUCUCACCUGUACUCGGUAGCAUCCCCAGAUUUUUUUAGUGACUCUUGAUUGCCAGUAGUUUAGUAAUGGAACUGUUUAUGAAGACGUGUGAAUUUUUAAUUUAAGGAAGUAAGUUACUGAAAUCUUUUUGAGUUCUCCUAUCACACAAGGUAUGGUUUUAUCUUUGUGGUAACAUUGUUCAUGGCCUUAUGGGUGGUUAUUGUGUUUGUGUGAGUGUACACAUAUAUAUGGGUAUAUAUUUAAGCUCUGGAUAUUCAUUUUGCAAAUGUCAUUAUGUUCUGAUGUAACACUUUAAUAAUAAUAUUCUGAUGUAAUACUAAUAUUCUGAUGUAACACUUGAAUGAUAAUAUUCUGAUGUAACACUUUAAUAAUAAUAUUCUAAUGUAACACUUGAAUAAUAAUAUUGUAAUGUAACACUUGAAUAAUAAUAUUCUGAUGUAACACUUGAAUAAGAACUUGAUUAGGUUUAUACAACCUAAGUUCACCAUCUUAUGUCUUGAUUAUAAAGGUUAGUAUUUUGGCUAUAGUAUCCUGAUUAUGACCAGUAUUUUGGUUGUAUUGCAGUGUUUAUGGCCAGGACAUUAAAGUAUGAUACCAGUUGGCAUUUUACAAGAUAAUAACAGGAAUGAUUCAUGAAAUCAUACAAAUUCUAGACUGUUACAUCAUAGUUCUAUUUUUCAGGAGUUUUUGCCAUUAGGUUUGUAUUUUAAAAGUAUAAUUAACAUGAUUAUGCGGUAUUUUAAGCAUAAUUAUUUAGUUCUUUAGUGAAAGAGUUCAUAUAAAACUACAUUAACAGAAGCAUAAAUACCUGAUGUUAUUUAAAAAAUGUUCACUCAUUCUUGGUUACUUUCAAGUCAUAAGACAACCUGGUAAAAAUACGUAAAAUAUUGUAAUGAAUAUAGAAACUAAACUUGUCUUCUAGUUUUAUUCAUGUAAAAUAUUGAUUAACAACUCAUGAGGGGGGGGGAGCUGUUUUAAACAACUUAACUUCAGUGUGCAAUAAACAUUUGUUUAUUACAGUGUUUGUUAUUACACACAAACAUUAGUACACUAAACCAAUUAGGACGUGAAGAUCAGUGGUGGUGGUGGGUGGGGGGGGUGAGAUAGCUCCUGAGGUAUCCAGUCUCCUACUGAUGAGAUUACGGUUCUAACAUAGUAUUUUCAUUAUAAAAGCAAAACCUACCUUUCCACUAUUGGUUAUUAGGUUAAUGAUUUACUAAUACUAGGGAAAUAGUUUCUUUUCACCUGUUUUCAUACAGUAUUUAUUUUUAAACUGUCAUUUAUAUUUCACCAGCAUUAUGUUUCUGCCACACACAUAUAUAUAUAUAUAUAAACUGUUGUAUCCUCUCCCAGAAAAAGUGUUUACUGUUUUUAUUUUGAAGUUUAUGAACACAAUAAAAUAUAAAGUUGGAACACUAUUAGUUUGUAUUCUGUUAAAGUUAAUUAUGUAUGGAUGAGCAAAGUUAUUUUUCGUUUUUUUCAUGAUGUAAUUGUUUAAAAUUUUCUCUUCUGAGAUUUAUCUACUUUUUACACUAUGAAUACACCAAAGGCACUGUAUAAUGAAUAGCUGUGGCUUACCAGAUAUAGUUUACAAUACAAUACAUUUAUUGCCUGUAUUGCUUAGUUCCAAAAUACCUACAGUAUUAUUAUGAAUAUUGGUAGGCAACUCAUCAAAUUAUAAAAUAAGUUUGAGACUAAAAUAAAAGUCUUAAAAAACGACAAUGUCUUGGAAUUUCACAGUCAUUAAUGUGAAUGAACCCUGGGUUCAGUGUUGUUCACCUUGCAGGUAAUAAAAAGGUAAUUUCAACUUUGCCAAAUAGAUGAUGUAUGUCCUGUUGUAUAAUGUGUUGGUGUCAUUUUAUUUAUUAUGUAUCUCCCUCAAAUUGAUAUUUGUAUUAUUAAACUAAUGUGUCACUUUA